AUGGGCUACGACGAGAAAUGUGAGCUGGCCAGCGUAGUAGAUCGAUUCGACUGCUAUCCGGAACCCGGCUCUUCGCAGCAGGGCUGCGAGGCGAGAGGCUGCUGCUGGGGCGCACUGGGCAACGCAUCGGGACUGAACAUUCCUUACUGCUACUAUCCUUCCGAUUAUCAGGGAUACGUGCUAGACGACUUGGAUUAUUUUCCGGAUCACAUCUUUGCAAAGCUCCACAGAAAAAUUCCAUCGGGCAUCGACAAGGAUGUGCAGUCUGUGGCAGUGAACAUCGUCUUCUACGGGAACGACACAGCGAGGAUCACGAUCACGGAUGCGACUCAGACACGCUUCACACCUCCUGUGCCAAAAAUUGCAACACGAACAUACAGAGGCAGCCGCCUUUACAACGUGAGCGUCUCGAAGGACGGUCAACUGAGCGUCUACCGUCUCGAUCGUCAAUCAACAAUUCUUUUCCACACGAACCUGUCACGCCUCGUGUUCACCGACCAGUUUCUUCAGCUUUCCACACUACUGCCAUCGGACUACGUCUAUGGUCUGGGAGAACAGUGGACCACGCUGCGCCGAAGCCUCAACUGGACCAGCCGUUUCUUCUUCAACCGGGACAGACCUCCUAUGCGUGGCCAGAACCUCUACGGGACGCACCCUAUCCUGCUUGGAGUAGACGACGACCGACAUGGAUACGGUGUAUUCUUGCACAACAGCAAUGCCUUGGAUAUCGUGCUGCAGCCCACUCCUGCAGUCACAUUCCGCGCACUGGGCGGCGUUCUGGACUUCUUCGUGUUCGCUGGCCCGACGGCGGCCAACGUUGUGAGCCAGAUGCAGCACGUCGUGGGCAUGCCCGCAAUGCCUCCUUACUGGGGCCUGGGCUUUCACCUGUGCCGCUUCGGGUACAAAACGCUAAACCGAACUCGGUACAUCAUGGAGAUGAACAUCAAGGCCGGAAUUCCGCUGGACACCCAGUGGAACGACAUCGACUACAUGAAAAGCAAUAACGACUUCACCUACGACAAGGACAGGUUUGAAGGGCUUCCGGAAUUCGUCAAUGAUCUCCACGCUUCUGGCCGUCACUACGUCGUCAUCGUGGAUCCCGCAGUGAGCGGUUCUGAAGCACGCGGCAGUUACCCUCCGUACGACGACGGGCUUGCUAUGGAUAUCUUCGUCAAAAAUAUCACCGGAGGCAUUGUUUAUGGAAAGGUUUGGAAUGACAAAAGCAGCGUGUUCCCCGACUUCAGCCACCCCAAUGCGACGACGUACUGGAUGAAGCAGUUCGCUAGGUUUCACGAUGAGGUCCCUUUCGAUGGAGCCUGGAUUGACAUGAACGAACCAUCCAAUUUCUACGACGGUCACAAAGACGGCUGCCCUCCGAACCAGAAAGAGGAUAACCCCCCGUACGUGCCAAGCAGAGAGAGGCUGUGCGCGAAGACACUUUGUAUGAGCGACCGUCACUACAUCUCGUCCCACUACAACGUCCACAACAUCUACUCGCAAAUGGAGGCCAGAGCGACGUACAAGGCCCUCGUUCAGAUCCGCCAGAAAAGACCUUUCAUCAUCUCUCGGGCGACAUCGCCCGGACAAUCUGUGUGGUCAGGCCACUGGUCCGGGGAUAUCAGCUCUUCGUGGGAGGAUAUGAAACUCAGUAUUCCUAAUAUCCUUAGCUUCGGCAUGUACGGAAUGCCACUGAUGGGGGCAGACAUAUGUGGCUUCAACGGGAACACAACUGUCGAGCUGUGCGCACGCUGGCACGCACUUGGAGCCUUUUAUCCAUUUUCCAGGAACCACAACACCGAUGACGGCAUUGACCAAGACCCUUUCAGUCUCGGCAAAACCGUGAUACGAAGCGCAUUUGCGAACUUGGCUAUCCGUUACAUGUUGAUUCCUUACUUGUACACGCUGUUCUACAGGAGCCACGUCUACGGGGAGACGGUCGCCCGGCCUCUAUUCUUUGAAUUCCCGGAUGACCGCAACACUUACGACAUUGACGAGCAGUUCAUGUGGGGAUCAGCGUUUCUGUUCAAUCCGGCGCUGUACCAGGGACAAACAAAGGUGAAGGCCUACGUACCCGCUGGGCUUUGGUACGAUUUUUACACCAUGAAACCCAUGGAAGUCGAGCAUGGCACUCGCAUGUCUUUCCCCGCUGAUCUGAGCGACCCAAUGAGCAUCCUCAUUCGCGGCGGCCACAUUUUCCCCGCUGCGACGAGCACAGUGACCACAGCAGAUCAGCGGCAGAAGCCUUUGCUUCUGUGUGUCAUGCUUGACAAGGAUGGUACUGCAAAAGGAGAGCUAUUUUGGGAUGACGGAGACUCCCCAGAUACGAUUGAAAAUGGAAAAUACAACCUGUACAAGUUUUCUACCGACUGGGCCCAAAAGAUUGUCAUUUCCGUAUCCCGCGGAGUGAGUGGCUUCAAAGAAAAGCCUGUGGUGGCAGCAUUUUCUGUGAGCGGUGUCUUGCAAGCGCCAAACAACGUUACCAUCGGAAGUCGACGCCUGCUCUUCCGCUACGUCAAAGAAAACAAGCUACUCAUCGUGCAUGACGUGGACCAGCGCUUGGACCAAGACUUCGAGAUAAACUGGUCAUAAUCACAUCUCACUUCGUGGGCUGCAAUUUCGGGCCACGUUGAACGGAAGUGUCAAGCGUUGUGCAAUAUAUACGUGCCAUAAAAUUACACAGCUGGUUUAGCAGAAUUAGACACCAUAGCAGCUUUACAUGAACUCAAGCCGCUUAGAGAUAUGAAAGAACGGGGAGAG